AUGUCUGACCUACCAACGUGGAAGUGUACGCACCAUGGAAGAAUGAAGACAGCACGAUCGCUGCUUCGUCCGUCUCCGGUACGUAAUCCACAGCUUUUGAACCAUCGACGCAAUCAAGAGGUCGCCAACGACAUUACUUCGAACAUGACAAUGGCUACAUGGACAUCGCCCCGUGCUACUUGCACUCAUUCUAGUCAUUUUCACACGGUCAAGAGACCCACCUCGUCCUAUGCUUUGAAUCAACCAGCGGCAGUUAAUGAUUCUUCUUUGCAGAAGCCCGUGGAAAGAGUGACGAGAGUAAAAACUCACUUGCAGACGACACGGGCUACGCAGACUUCAAUGAAAGAGACUGAUACUGGAUUGACGGAUCGGAUGGGGUUGCAACCUACGACUGGGAUUUAUCUUGGGGCAUUUGGUGAGGUUAGGAAAAUGACGGCGGAGACGGUUGAUUUUUUGAUUCACGUGCUAGAAGAUAGAAAACAAGAGCUGUUGGUGAGUAGCGAGGACAGAAAGAGUAAUGGAAGGACGCAUUGUGCUAAAGAUAAUAUGGAAAACACGUUGGAAAUGGGACAAGACGCACCAUCGUCAGAAAUCGCUCGUAUCAAACUUGACUCGACUAGGAAUGGUGUUACACACGUAACGGAGCUGGUUCGGUCUCACUCAUACGAAGCGUUGGUGCAAUUAGAAGGAAUAUUAGAAGCACGGCACCAUAGGAUCAUGAACGAUGGAAGACGAGAGUCUAUUGAUGUUCUAGUCAAUCCGAGAGAGUGA